AUGAAACAGAUCAAAUUAAAAGCAAAAUUGAAUAAAAAUGAUGAUCUUGGACCACAUGUUCUAUUGAAAAGAAAGAAGCAAACAUUCUUCCUAUCAUUAGAUCGUACAUCAGGUAAACAUGUUGUAGAAAAACUACAUUCAGUAAUAAAAUCAAUUGGUGGUUUGGGUGAAGAUGGAGGUGACAAUGAAGCUCAAGAUGAUCAAGACAUAGAUAUACCUGUCCCUAGUUUUGAAACUAAUGAUUCAGAUGAUGACGAGGAUGAAAAUAAAGUUAACAAUGUCAAGAGUUCUAAAAACAAAAUCAUACCUGAUAUAGAAGAUAUUAUACUCGGUGAGCCUAGAGAUAGAAAUGACCCUUAUGGGUCAGGUUUUGUAAAAGUUAAAAAUAUGGAGAAAAGCUUGGGUUUACAUAAUUUUGCCAUAAUGGCAUUCAGAUUGAAAACUGAUGAAGGUGAUGAUUUUGAUGUUGUUGAACCAACUGAUGCAGAGGAAUGA